CUCCCAUCCUCUCCAGUCUCCCGCUGCCGCUCUCAGAGCGACAUCUCCGGCUGCUGCCCGCUGCUUGUGUCCGGUCAUCCCUGCCGUCCCUCCCCCUCUCGGUGCGGACAUGCUCCCGGGGCUCCGGAGAUGAGGCUCCGCAAUGUCUCAUUCCUGACGGUCUUGUUGUUCGGGCUGAGUGGGCUGGUCUCCCUGUCCUGGUACACCGCCUUCAGCAGCUCCAGAGGAGAUGUGGUGGACAUCUACCAGAGGGAGUUCCUGGCUCUGAGGGAGCGCCUCCACUCAGCAGAGCAGGAGAACCUGAGGCGCUCCAAAGAACUUAACCUGGUCCUGGAGGAGAUUAAGAGGGCCAUCGCAGAGAAGCAGGCUCUCAGAGACAUCAACCGCACCUGGAGCAGCCUCUCUGAGGAAACAAGGCUGAAGCUGUGGAACGUGAGCAGCAGUAAGAACGUGCUGCAGCUUCCCUCCAUCUUCCACCAUCUUCCUCACCUGCUUAACCGAGAGGACAGCCUGCAGCCCGCCAUCCACCUGGGACAGGGACGAACCGGAGUCUCCAUCGUCAUGGGAGUUCCCAGCGUGAAGAGGGAGGUCCACUCCUAUCUGACAGACACCCUCAGCUCUUUGAUGUCUGAGCUCAGCCCCGCAGAGAAGGACGACUGCGUCAUCGUUGUCCUCAUCGCAGAGGCCGACCAGCAGUAUGCCAGCAGUGUAGCUGAAGAUCUAAAGCGCCUUUUUCCAGCUGAGAUCCAAUCUGGCUUGCUGGAGGUGGUCUCUCCAUCCGUCCAUUUCUACCCAGACUUCUCCAAACUCAGAGAGUCCUUCGGAGACCCAAAGGAGAGAGUCCGGUGGAGGACGAAGCAGAACCUGGACUACUGCUUCCUGAUGAUGUACGCUCAGUCUAAAGGAACGUACUACGUGCAGUUAGAGGAUGACAUCGUCGCUCGUCCAAACUACUUCACCACCAUGAAGAACUUCGCUCUGCAGCAGCCAUCGGAGGAGUGGAUGAUCCUGGAGUUCUCCCAGCUUGGCUUCAUCGGUAAAAUGUUCAAAUCUUUGGACCUUUCGCUCAUAGUGGAGUUUAUGCUGAUGUUCUACAAAGACAAACCCAUCGACUGGCUGCUUGACCACAUCAUGUGGGUCAAAGUGUGCAACCCAGAGAAGGAUGCUAAACACUGCGACAGGCAGAAAGCAAACCUGAGGAUCCGAUUCAAGCCAUCGCUCUUCCAGCAUGUCGGCACUCACUCGUCUCUGGCCGGAAAGAUACAGAAGCUGAAGGAUAAAGACUUCGGUAAGCAGACCCUACAUAAGGGUCACGCCAACCCACAGGCAGAGGUGACGACCAGCCUGAAGACGUACCAGCACUUCACCCUGGAGAAGGCCUACGCAGGAGAGGACUUCUUCUGGGCCUUCACCCCUGUAGCCGGAGAUUUCAUCAGGAUACGAUUCUUCACGCCCGUCCGCAUUGAGAGGUUUUUCUUCCGAAGCGGAAACAUCGAGCAUCCAGGAGAUAAACUCUUCAACACGUCAGUGGAGGUUCUACCAUUUGACAAUAUCCAGGCAGAGAAGGAGGCACUGACUGAUGGAAGGGAGAAAAAACCAAAGUACCACCGGACUGAGGAUGGGUUCAUCCGGAUAGGAUCCUUCCAGAACGGGAUUGCAGAAGGAGAGGUGGACCCCUCCUUUGGGCCCCUGGAGGCCAUGCGUCUCACAGUGAUAACGGACUCACCUGUGUGGGUGAUCCUCAGCGAGAUCUUCAUAAAGAAAGCAGAGUGAAGCUCCGCCUCCCUCAGUCACACCUGAGCCCACCUGCAGGCUCCUCACAGCGGCGCUAGAGCACCUCCGUGUGGCCGAGCCUGGCCGCUGCAGAGCGAUCAGCUCAGAGACUGAAACCAUUCAGACAGGCGGCAUCUUAGGAAAAAAUGUUGUGCCGGUUUCCACGACAACACAAGGCUGUAAUUAUCUAGGAGAUUCUGUAUCUAUGUGUACAUACAGUAAGCUAAAUGUGAAAACACUGGAAGUCAGAGAGGAUCAAUCUGCUGCUUUGACACACUUCCUGUCUGCAGACACGGCCCUUCCUGCCAUCACCCACCCUACGCCCUCAUGUAUGUUUACACACACACCCGUGUCUGUGUGCGUCAGCUGCUCCGGGUUCCCCCUCUGUCAGUUAACAAGUUGCCUUAAUGAAGACAGAGCAGAUUUCUAUUACAUGUAGCGUCCGUCCUGAACUAUCAUGCAUCCUGAAACUACUGAUGAAGGCAGCCGUUGUUGGAAAAGUUUAAGGUAACUGAGGCCUUUACUCCACAGUGCUCUGUAGUUUACUCUGCUGUCUAUUUCUGUCCAGUGUAACAACUUUCUGUUUUCUGUAAAGAGACUGUUGUCCAUCUAGACUUUGUCUUCCAGAAAGGGAUUUGUGUUGCCUCCAUUCUUAGAGGAGAGGGAGUUUUAGAUAAAUUGUUCCCUUCAGAUUCCCCACUGUGCUUCACUCUCACAGUAGGUGCCUUCAAUCGCUGUAAAUAACUCCAUCAAAUCCUGACACAAUUUUAUUCCCUUUAGUUUGGAUGGAAGAUGUGCUGGAAUAUAAUUUUUUAAUAUCCAAUAAAUAAUGCCAAGAAGCUUUUUUCAACACCACGUUACAUCAAACCUUACCUGAUGGAUCUUGGUUUGGGGGUUCUGAGAGUUCAGUCGUUUCUUCUAAUCUAGCUGCUUGGUGCAGACCCAGUUUAAUGGCUUAUUUUUCUCCACAUGCUUUUUCAGAACCAACCACAGGUUCUCAUGUGGUUUAGAUCUGGGGAGGUUUCUAACCACAGAUCCAAAGCUUUAAGGUUCUGAUUACUGAUCCACUAUGUUUUCUUUUUAGUCUUAAUGGGGCUCCAUCAUGCCGAAACAUCCAAACUGCCUGAAUUGUUGAAACGACCUGCUGCCAUUGUUGCACCAGCUCUGUACUUGAUUAGCUGUGAACUAAUAUUCAAGUUUAGAAGAUUAAAAGAGCAAAUCCAGUUAUUCUCAGUAAAAGAACCCCCAGUAGCUAUGUCUACGAGGUCUCCAGUAGCAAGUAACCAAGUUGAUGUUCUCAUCUAGAUGUCAGGCUUAAUUGUAUCUGUUUUAAAUCUUAAAAAAAAGUUUGUCCCUCCAUUUUAGCAUUACGGUAGUCUGCUGGUUAUAUUGAUGAAGAGGUUGCUGCUGGACUCUAUUACAGCUCAACCUGAGAUGAUCAGGUGGUCAUGAAACUGGUUAGUUUGAGCUUAGAAUCACUGAAAGUCAAAUCUUUCUAGAAUAUAAAAGCUUUAGCAGAUGAAGUUUGUGGACAUGACACCUGAUUCCUUUGUAUAACAAUCUCAAAAUACCUUUUAGAGUUAUUCAAACAGCAAUGGCCUGACUGCAAAGGAGAGUGGAAGAUAAUAAAAAGUUAUGAAGAGCUUUUAUAAUUCAGCUGAUUUUAGUUAAAGUUUUUCUGCCAACAUUUAUGACAAAAAGAAAAAAGAUUUGGGCAAAACAGACUUUGGAAGGAUCAUUAUCUGACAUAAAACUUGAUUUAAUCUAAAAUAUGGAAACUAAACAUUUUAGAGGUCACAUUAUAAUCCUUUUUAAGGUGUAACAUUCAAACUACAUCUUCCCCUUAAUGUGCUGUUUGUUGGUAUUUACCACUAAAUAAAAUAUUAGCUCCACUACAUUAAACUGAUAAAAAGAUUUGUGAAAGCUAACGCUAACUGCUAAGACGACUCAGCGUUUCAAAUUAAAACAUGUGACACCUGCCAACCUCAAACUCUUAUACACACAAUAAAGAUCAAAAGCACAAAAAAGGCUAAAAAAUGACUGACCAACACAGUAAAAAAACAUUAAUUUAAACCCAACUUCCUGUUGUAGUCUACCAUAGCAUGUAGCCUACUCAUGUUAAGCUAACAGCAGGCCUAUUUGUCUAUUGCUCACAAUAGACAAAUUAGAAAAUUUGAAUUCCAUAAGUGGAUUUAACUUAAUGUAAACUAAACCUAAUUUAGCUUAGUUAAACCAUCUUUUAGCAGUUUAAAAGUUAUAAAUGCCAAUUCACUGAACAAAAAUUUAGUUAUGCUGUUAGCUGUUUGUGGAAGCGGAACUUUGCCAAUUUCUGUUUAAAAUCUGACUGAACCAUAAAUGAUUAGAGAAGUUCUUAUUAGGGGAUUUCAUUUUUUUUAUAUCAUAAUCUUUGCUCCCACUGAUCAUUACAUAAAAAAAUGUCAGGAAAAUUAUCUCAGGGAACAAUUUAUCUGGACUUUUUCUCUCCUGACACGGAUCUCCUGUCUCUCUGUCUAGAAUCACUCAUAAGGUUCAUUUUUUUACAUUUAAGUUAGAACUUCAUUCAUGCAGGACAUAAACUUGAGUUUUAUUUCAUUUCCUCUAUGAUGCACUGGAUUGCAUUGCUGUCAUCUUGUUUGUGUCUUUUCUACCCUUUAGAUAAACUAUUUAAAUUAUCUUAAAACUUCUAUCAAAUAAGUGGAUUGUAAUAAAGAGAGAAAUUAAAUGAU